AGUAUAGUGCAUAUGGUUUAUUUGUUUCAGUAAAUACAGGAAACACAGUAAUGGCAUUUCUAUGGACUACACUUUGCGUUGUCGUCAUGGUGACUGCAGCCAUGUCUAAACCAGUCUGUCUAAGUGAAGAUGAGGAUUCAUCCAAGUCAUCAGAGUCCAGAGACUCCGGUUCAUCAGAAGAGACUGACACUCACAUUCGGGAUUCACAAGACCCCCUGCAGCCAGCGUUUACAGAGACAGACAGGCCUAAUGCUAAAGAGCAGACCGACCCCCUGAACACUGCAGCCCUACUUCCCUCUGCAGACUCGGGGCUUUUUCCAGCCACGCUCAACACUUCAGCUCUGCCAGACCCUGAGGACCCUCAAACCUCCACUGACAUUGAUGCUUUACAGCUCAUGCCAGAAGAUCCUUCGCAAACUGCUCUUGGCAUGGACAUUUCUCAAGAUAUGCCUGGUACUGAUCCUGCACAGAACUCAAUGAACACUGACACUGUGCAUGUUUUACCAGAAACAGCGGUCUCACUACACCCAGGGAAAACAGAAACUGAUAUAAUCAUAAGUGUUGGUGGAACAGCUCAACCACAAGUCAUCACCACCACCACCACCUCCACUACGUACCAAGGAUUCCCCCGGGGUGCCACUCCACCCUUUCCUCCACACAUUAUCAAACCAACACUUCCACCAUUCUCCGGAACCCCUCCCCUGCCAAUCCCAAUCGUCACCUCCCUGACUGCUAGUCCUGGUUCUUUCAUUUUACAGUUCAUGACCCCUGAGCCGGAUCCACCCAGAGGAGACAGCAAGUGAUCCAAGAAACUGAUCGAUUUCAGUUUCAGUUCCACUUCAGGUUACUGGCUUGGCCCAUGUUUGUUCUAGAUAUAUGUAGCGUUGUCUUGAUACUUUGUAAUAGUCUCUGCUAUAUAAAUACAACUGAAAUGUAUUGAUGUU